UGCAUACAGCAGAUUCUAGAAAGUGUAAAUCAUUGCCACGUAAAUGGCAUAGUGCACAGGGACCUAAAGUCAUUGCAUUCAGCAGAUCCUAGAGGCUGUGCUCCACUGCCACCAGAUGGGCGUGGUCCACCGCGACCUCAAGCCAGAGAAUUUGCUCCUAGCCAGCAAGCUGAAGGGGGCAGCAGUGAAACUGGCAGAUUUCGGCCUGGCCAUUGAAGUGCAGGGAGACCAGCAGGCAUGGUUCGGUUUUGCCGGGACACCAGGGUACCUGUCCCCAGAGGUGCUGAGGAAAGACCCCUAUGGCAAGCCGGUGGACAUGUGGGCCUGUGGUGUGAUCCUCUACAUCCUCCUGGUGGGAUAUCCUCCAUUCUGGGAUGAGGACCAGCACAGACUCUACCAGCAGAUUAAAGCUGGGGCUUAUGAUUUCCCAUCUCCUGAGUGGGACACAGUGACUCCAGAGGCUAAAGACCUGAUCAACAAGAUGCUGACCAUUAAUCCAGCCAAGAGAGUGACCGCCACAGAUGCACUCAAACACCCCUGGAUCUGCCAACGCUCCACUGUGGCAUCCAUGAUGCACAGACAGGAGACUGUGGAGUGCCUGAAGAAAUUCAACGCCAGAAGGAAACUCAAGGGUGCUAUCCUGACUACUAUGCUUGCCACUCGCAACUUCUCAGCAGCCAAGAGCCUGCUGAACAAAAAACCAGAUGGUGUCAAAAUCAACAACAAGGCCAAUGUGGUCACCAGCCCCAAAGAGCCUGUCCCCACUCCUUCUCUGGAGCCUCAGACCACUGUUAUCCACAACCCAGCUGAUGGAAACAAGGAGUCCAGUGAGAGUGCCAACACUACCAUCGAGGACGAGGAUGUGAGAGCUCGGAAGCAGGAGAUCAUUAAAGUCACCGAGCAGCUGAUCGAGGCCAUCAACAACGGCGACCUCGAGGCAUACACGAAGAUAUGUGAUCCUGGCCUCACGUCCUUUGAGCCCGAGGCCUUGGGCAACUUGGUGGAGGGCACCGACUUCCACCGUUUCUACUUUGAGAACGCUCUGUCCAAGAAGCAGCCCGUCCACACCAUCCUGCUCAACCCCCACGUCCACCUGAUCGGGGACGAGGCCGCCUGCAUCGCCUACAUCCGCCUCACCCAGUACAUCGACAGCAACGGCAUGCCUCGCACCAUGCAGUCAGAGGAGACCCGCAUCUGGCACCGCCGCGACAGCAAGUGGCAGAACAUCCACUUCCACCGCUCCGGCUCGCCCACCGUGCCCACCAAUUGAGAGGAAGAUCUUUGACUACAAACACCCUCCAGCCUACAGCAGUCAGCUGAACAGACCCCGCCUACCAAGUGUCCAUCAGAUCCCUCAGCCAAUCCCUGCCCAUGAUAGCUAGAGCUCCGCCCCCUCAGUGUGUUGUUUACAUAUUGUUGCUGCUGGACUGAAGAUUAUUGUACAUGUUAAAGGGGAAAAAACGCGGGAGAAAACUUCAAGUCUUGACAAUAUCAUUUUGUAGUGAGCGUGUGUGGUGUUGAUUACGGGAUAUUACCAUCUGCAGCAUGUUUUAUUUCCUUAUUUUAGAUCAGUAUGUUUUAAAUAGAAGUGGCUUUUAGGAGCAAGUUGUUUCAGUUGGUUGAUUUUUAAUGGGCUGGUGAAUUAUGUGAGACUUUCAGUCAUCAUGUAGUGACAGUCUUUGGGUUUAAUAUUGCACAUAUUGAGGACUCAUGAGCUGUUGUGAUGUUUUCCGCCUUUGGGCACAAUGACCAAUAUAUCACAUAUCUGCUUUUUACUCAUCUAUCUUUUCUGAAUUGCCAUCUUAUUGAUUGCUUGCUUUUGUUUUGGUGAUGUAUAGGUUUUGGUAAUUGAUGUAAAUCGUUCUCUUAACUUAAUCUUUAGCAGUAUCCAUAUGAACUGAGUUGGCUAAUUUUACCAAUCUGUUUUCUGGUUUGCCAUUGGCACUAAGUAUGUUUACUAGGAACUUUAACUAGGUGUCUAAAAGGGAAAGUCCAUUGAUUGAAAAUAUGUUCUACUGUGGACCACCAUGUUCACAGAGCAGCAUGUGAGAAGAGUUGUGAUAGAAUGUAAACUGUAGAGAUGCAUAUCAUUCUUUAAGACCAUUCUGUGACUCUUUCCAGUCAGAUCAUAUUUUCAUACAGUAAGGAGCUAAUUAUGUGAAUUUUAUCAGUUCUAUUUUGUUGUGUUUACUUUUUAUAUUGUGAUAUUGAUGAUCGUCCCUCCACUUCUCAUUAUAAUUGCUUUCCUUUCAGCCCCUUUAUCCUUUAUUGGCGAUCCUUUAUUCUCUGUUCGACUGGUGUACGCCAUGUUCCACAGCACCACGUUUUACACUGGACAAGACUAGAGCAGAAUCAGGAUGUUGAUACUGACAGGAACGCCAAAUUCAGCUGAAACAUUUCAGACGUUUCCCAUUCCUUUUAGCCACAGGGAAUUGAAUUAUUAGCCAGAAUAACUGAGCAGUAAAUCCCCAUUCUAGUUGUUCUGUUACUCUCUGAUGUUAUUUUAGUGUCACUGUUGGAUUAGAGGGGAAGGGGAUUGUGGGCAUCACUUGUGGGUUCGUAUAUUCCAGAGCUUCAGAUUAGGGUGAGCACAGCUAGAGGAAGCAGUCACAUUCAAAGAUAAAGUCACAGGGUGUCUAAUGAUGGUUCUGUUUGUGUAAAGGAUAUUGAGAUUUUUUGUUCAGAAAACUGUCUGCAUUCUUUUGUUUGAUCACAUUUGUCCCUCAAACACACUCUGUUUUUAUCUUUCUAAGACGCAUUGAAAUUCCCGAUGGGGCACUGGUAUAUAAUGUUACCAUGAUGGGACAAGCCUGAUGUACGUUUAAGAAAUAUCAAAUAAAAUGUGUGAUUUAUGCCAAAUGA